UAUUUCAAGGAGAUGUACCGAAAGUCAUGUUUUGACAUUUCUAGUUUACUUUCGUUUAAUAUGUGCGACUUUGUUGUUACGUGCAGAAUAGAAAAGGCCGCUUGUGGCCAGAGUGUGGCAGUCUACGACAGGGCUUCAGUCACUCCCUUUUACACAUUGACGCUAUCGAGAAUAAAGCAGUCAUUUCCAGACAGUACUCGCUAACCGUGGACGUGCAUGGCUGUUGUCCAUCUUCUUCAUCUUUAAACUGGAUUUACACGGAGUUUUUUAUUUAUUGGAUUUAUGAGAUUCGUGGAAUUUUUAUUCAAAACGAUGACGCUGCAACGAGUCCUGCUGUUGUUCAUCUUGGUUCUUUCUUCACCCUCCGUGUUUGGACAAGUCAGCUACUCGAUCCCGGAGGAAAUGGAAAAAGGCUCUUUAGUGUCAAACGUUGCUCAAGAUUUAGGCUUAGACCUGAAAAGGCUGAAAUCCGGUCGAGCUCGCAUUCAUUCUGGGGACAGUGCGGAGUAUAUUGCGCUGGAUAAAGAAAGAGGGCUCCUCCUUGUGCAGGAGAGGAUAGACAGAGAGACGCUGUGCGGUGAGACGACGCUUUGUGCUUUGCAUUUGCAGUUGAUUUUGGAAAACCCUAUGGAAUUGUUUCGCAUCACUAUUGAAAUCACUGACAUUAACGACAAUGCACCGAGCUUUGAAUCCAGCAGCAAACGUUUUGAAAUCAGCGAAUCAGCCAUUGUUGGCUCCAAAUUUGUGCUGGAGAGAGCAAUCGACGCUGAUAUUGGUGCAAAUGGGCUACAGAGCUAUUCGCUCAGCCCAACCAAUAAUUUUCAGCUGAAAUUAGAAAAUCAAGCUGACGGGCAGAAAAAAGUGGAGAUGAUAUUACAAAAGGCUCUUGAUCGAGAGCAGCAGGAGAAGAUUUCCUUGUUAUUAACAGCCAUUGAUGGCGGACAACCGCGCAAAUCAGGAACAAUGCAGAUUAUUGUUCAUGUAUUAGAUGUAAAUGAUAACGCCCCUGUGUUUACUAAGACUUUAUACAAGGCAACUAUUAGCGAAAAUGCACAAAAAGGCACCAGUGUAAUAACGGUUAGUGCUUCUGACAAAGACAGUGGCUCGAAUGGACUAAUAUCUUAUGUAAUAUCAAAAAACAAGCUCAGAUUAUCAGAUCUAUUUCAGAUAAAUAGGGCAUCUGGGGAAGUUAUUUUAAUUGGUGAAAUUGAUUAUGAGAAAACUAAAAUAUUACAAAUAGAAAUUGAAGCUGUAGAUAAUGGAGGACUGUCUGAUUCAAGUAAAAUCUUGAUUGAUGUUAUUGAUGUAAAUGACAACAGUCCUCAAAUGAAAAUACUCUCCAAGUCAGAUUCCAUUUCUGAAGACUCUCCCGAGAAUACUGUUGUCACCAUGUUAAGUGUUAGUGACCCUGACUCUGGCAGCAAUGGAGAGGUCAAGUGUCACAUUAACAAUGACAUCCCAUUUAAAAUACAGAACACAAUGAAUGGAUUGUAUAGUCUGGUAACAGAGUUGGCCUUGGAUAGAGAAUCUGCAUCGGAGUAUAAUAUCACAGUGACGUGCUCUGAUGAUGGACUGCCCUCCCUGUCCAGUCGUGUCACUCUAGCUUUACACAUCUCAGAUGUGAAUGACAACGAGCCCGUCUUUGAGAAGAGCUCAUAUGAGGCCUUCAUUGUAGAGAAUAACAAACCAGGUCUCUCUGUAUUCACCGUAAAAGCCAGUGAUGCUGACUGGAACCAAAAUGCUCGUCUUUCUUUCAUCCUGGAGGACUCAUCAGUUAACGGAGUGCCAGUCUCCUCAUACGUCUCUGUUAGUGCUGAAAGUGGAAUCAUCCAUGCAGUGCGUUCUUUUGACUACGAGCAACUGAAAGAGUUCCACUUCCUUGUCAGAGCGCAGGAUGGAGGCUCCCCUCCCCUCAGCAGCAACACAAGCGUUCACAUCCUGAUCCAGGACCAGAACGACAACGCCCCUCAGGUCCUGUAUCCGGUGCAGACGGGCGGCUCGCUGCUGGCCGAAAUGGUGCCUCGUUCAGCCGACGUGGGCUACCUGGUGACCAAAGUGGUGGCUGUGGACGUGGACUCUGGCCAGAACGCCUGGCUCUCCUAUAAAGUGCACAAAGCCACAGACAGGGCGCUGUUUGAAGUGGGCCUCCACAAUGGGGAAAUCCGAACGGUCCGCCAAGUGACUGAUAAAGAUGCUGUCAAACAAAGACUGACUGUUGUGGUGGAGGACAACGGGCAGCCCUCUCGUUCAGCCACAGUCAUUGUGAAUGUGGCGGUGGCCGACAGCUUCCCUGAAGUGCUCUCAGAGUUCACUGACUUGAGCAUGCACGACAAGGAGUACAAUGACAAGCUGACUUUUUACUUAGUCUUGGCGCUGGCUGUGGUCUCCUUUCUCUUCAUCACCUGCUUGGUGCUCAUCAUAGCAGUCAAAGUGUACAGGUGGAAACAGUCUCGCGUCCUGUACCACUCCAACCUGCCUGUCAUCCCGUACUAUCCACCUCGGUACUCGGAUACUUUGGGGACUGGGACCCUCCCGCACGUGUACAAUUAUGAGGUGUGCAGGACCACUGACUCCAGAAAAAGUGACUGUAAAAUGGACAGAACUGCAAGCCACAACGUGCUAGCAACGGAUCCCCACUUUGCAGGGACGAUGCAAAAGAUGCGCAGUGAAAGGAGCAUCCUGGAUGAACCGGAUUCUCCUUUAGAGGUUUGAAUAUUUUAAAUGCUA